ACAUUCUUUGGUAAUCCACCAAAAAUUAUUGAUUUUCUUUCAUACGAAAAGAGGAAAAUAACUAUACCUGUAAGUGUAGUGAUUUAUCCGAUAGUGUCCCACAAAGGAGCAUUAUAUUACAGACGGACACUUGUUUGUCGUUCGUAACGGAAAGUAGUAAAAUUACUACGAGACGACAUGCCUGCGGACAACGAUCACCAUGAACCGGAAACUCCGGCCACCCAACGAUUGACGAACGAUGAUUUCCGGAAGCUCCUUAUGACACCCAGAGCCCCUCCCGGAUCAGGACAUGGCGCUGGAUCAAUACGUGAUGCAAUGUCCAAGGCGUCAUCUGCAUCUUCUGCUGGAGCGUCAGGGACACCGGCAUCGUCAUCAUCGUCUAUGAAGCCACCGUCGUCUGAACGACACGAAGCUCGGCGUAAAAAGAAAAACUUUUAUGCUCAGUUAAAAAAACAGGAAGACAACAAGCUGGCGGAACUGGCUGAAAAGUACCGCGACCGAGCCAGAGAAAGACGGGACGGUGCAAAUCCCGACUACCAGAAUUUGGACUCGUCUAGUUCCACGAGUGCUUAUCGUGCGGUAGCACCAGAUGUGAAAUCAGGUUUAAACGCGGCUGAACGUCGUAGGCAGCAGAUACAGGAGUCUAAAUUCUUGGGCGGUGACAUGGAGCACACCCACUUGGUAAAGGGUCUGGAUUAUGCGCUUCUUCAAAAAGUUCGUAGUGAAAUCAUUGCCAAAGAGCACGAGCAGGAAGAAGAGAUGGAAAAGCUUGUCGACAUUGAACCAUCUGCGGAAGUUCCAAUUGCAUCAUCGGGGCCUACAGUACCAACACAGCGAGGCAGUGGAGCGAGUAAUGUUGAUAAAGAACCUCAGGAUGAUUUAGAAUUUCGCACCGUGCUGGGACAAAACAUUUACCGUACCUUGGAAAAGCAACGAUCAAGAAUGAUAGAACGCAAUGAAAUGUUUGCACCGGGACGAAUGGCGUACCACAUUGAGUUGGAAGAUGAAAAUGUCGACUCUGACAUCCCGACUACCGUCAUUCGUUCGAAGGCAGAAGUGCCCUUGGAUGUCGGGGAUACACAAACGCUUACUACGAACGAUAUCGUUAUCAAUAAGCUGGCACAAAUACUCUCGUAUUUGCGACAGGGAGGAAGGGGCAAGAAAAACAAACGUCGAGAUAAGGAUAAACCACUUUUCAAGCUAAGCGAUGAACCAGGUAGCAAAGGCAUGGUAGACGAUUCGAUCUACGGUGAGAUUGGGGAUUACCAACCAAAUCGGCGGUAUGAAGACGUAGCUGGAUCAUCGAAGCUGGAAGGAAAUACUGGUCGUCAUAGCUAUUUCGAUAAAUACAACGACGAUGCUGCCGCUGCCCGUGACUCUGCUGCCAUACCGCCCAUCCCGGCACCACCCAAGCUGUCGGCCCAGCUGAUCACUAAGCUUACAGCGGAGCCGGAAGGUUACGCAGAAUGCUAUCCCGGGUUGCAGGAGAUGAACGAUGCAAUAGAUGAUUCGGAUGACGAGGUUGAUUACACCAAGAUGGAUCUCGGGAACAAGAAAGGUCCGAUUGGACGCUGGGAUUUUGACACACAGGAAGAAUAUUCAGAUUACAUGAGUAGCAAGGAGGCGCUGCCGAAGGCUGCCUUCCAGUAUGGUGUAAAAAUGCAAGAUGGUCGCAAGACACGCAAACACAAAACCGAGAAAAAUGAGAAAGCAGAAUUGGACCGCGAAUGGCAGCAAAUUCAGAACAUAAUUCAAAAACGGAAGGCAAAAUCGGGAGGUGAUGAAGAUGUCGAUUUUAAGAAGUCGAAGUAUUAGAAUAUAGCCUAAAACGCGUAAAAACCUUUAAAGUGUAAACGAGUUUUAU